UAUUACGCUCGUAUCCGGCACGCUCGGCGGCUGCGUGUCGGCGUUGGCACCGCGCGUCAUCUCCGUCGGCCCUCGUUUCCCGUCCAAGUCCCGGAAAUCCUCGUCGAAACGCGAGCUGUACCGAUCUCGACAUGGACGCGGCGCUCCUGCUUCAGCACACGCAGUAUGCGGUCCCCGUUGGCAUCGUCCUCGUUUUGGCGGUCCUGGUCUUCGCGUUCGGCUUCAAGAACGCCGAGCAGCCGCCCUUCGGCCAGCUCUCGGCAGUCGCCGACCUCGAGCGCAAGCAGGCGGGCAAGAAACGCGUCAGGACCCGAGAAAAGAGAUCGGCCAAUGGCCAGGUUACAUCGGAGAAGGCCAGUCCAGGCAAGAAGGCUUCUCCGGCUAAAGCCGAGUCCGUCAAGAAGAGCAGUCCUAAGAAUGAGGAUAUCGACGGCAAGCUGAAGGAGCGUAAGCAGAAUGAUGAGGAGCCUAUUUUAGUCACGAAGAAGAAAACUCCAACUGCGCCUAAGCCUGGGAAGGAGAACAAAGUCGAACAGAAGAAUAAGAAGAAUGCGAAGAAUUUAAUUCAGGAGAAGCCGGUCGACUAUGACGAUGGCGACUGGGAGCAGGCUUAUUCGAGGAAGGAUAAGAAGAACAAGAAGAAGGAGGAGGACACUCCUUCUAAGAAAAGUAAGAAGUCUUCAAAGAAGGCAGAGAUUGUCGACGACGGCCUGAUAAAGGAGAAGGAGUUUGAGAAAGUGGAGAUCAAGGACAAGGUUGCAAAGGAAACGGAAAACAAAGAACUGAAAGAGAAGGACAAGAAAGAGGUUGUCCUGACUCCUAUUAUCGAUGGAAACAGUUCCAAGGAAGAGGAGCCCGAAGUGAAGGACGAGCUGAUAAAUAAGUCGGAAAAGAUCGAAAAAGAGGAAAAGAAAAGCAAGUCGAAGAAGGGAAAAAAGCGUAGCGAGGGAGAGAAUUCACCUCCUGGCUCUAAUCCAGUUACCCCUAAGAAGGAACAAAAGGUGUCGGAGAAGGUGAUCGAGAAAUUGCCAGAGAAGAAAGUAGAAGAGGUUAAGAAGGAUAAGGAGAUUAAGGAGGUUAAGGAGGAUAAAGAUAUUGAGGAGAUUAACGAGGUUAAGGAGAUUAAGGAGGUGGAGGUACCCAAGGUGCCAAUUAUCGAGAAUCCCUCUGGAAAGGGUGGUGUCAUGUUCGACGAAUUAGGCGACGCUUGGACGGAAGCCAAGCCUCAGAAGAAGAUUAAGAAGAAGGCUCGCAGGGAGAACUGAGAACGAUGAGAUGAUUUAAACCCCCUCGGUGAGGAAGACCGAGAGCCUGCCGGGUCGAGAAGGCAGAUCUGUCACCUCAGUUGGAGUGGGUGUGCUUUAGUUAAAUUAAUUACCUAACACCUGACCAAAUUCAACCUCUUCCCUCUGUACAUAUUACCGUCCGGAUGGGUAUUUUCGAUUCGUCAGAGGGCUUGUCGGACCCGGUGACAGCUGUCAUAAGAGACUAGAUGGAUAUUUUUGACUCGCUGAACACUCUGCCAUUGACAUCUGUCAUGCGAGCAGACUGUUGGUCCGAAACACUUAAAUCCAGGUUCGCCGCAACUGUCAGCGAGGUAGUAAAUGGAAAUCUAGAUUGACCUAGACUCGUGCAAUUUGCCUUGAUCGUCGUUUUGAGGUUAGAUCUCAGGUUUGACGAAGACUUUAGUUGAUCCUGUACACGGUCUGGAGAAUGUUAAACUCCUCCAGUUGGUGCAGUAUCGCAGUAAUUCCAGUAGUUCCCUCAUUUUCAUCGUGAUAUAUUUAAUCGUACACUCCGGUAACUCUUUCUUCUUCUGCGUUAUAUAUAGUUUAUAACGUGAUGGUCUGCAGCGCAUGUCAUCAAUGUGCGUUAGGGAUUAACUUUCGGUGUAGCUCGUUAGAGUUUGUUAACUAGGCCUCUUGCAAGGGUCCAACUCUCUCGGAGGCUUUAUUAUAUGUACACAUAAUCUAGAAGUAAGGUUAUCAAUUCCGUUGGCGAGCACUUCCGUCUUGCUGCACGUUAAUUAAGAUUCGAAAUUACCCAUUUAUCGACAUUAGUCAGCGAAAAUGUAAGCUGAUACCGUGUGGCCUGUCGACUCUGUGUUUGUGCAUCGGAUCGAAGAGACACGGCAAGACAUAACGAUGGGUUCCCCUGCGAAGCUUGCCUCUAAUAUCGGACCCCCUUGUAUAUUUUAUCUAGAGCGCCGCAGCUUAUAUUUUAUCACAAAAUGUGUUGAAAAACGUGGAGAGAAAAAAAAAGAACAAAAUUAAAAUGAAAAGGACAAAAGGGAAGAGAUGGUUGCAUAAACUCUGGCUUGCAUAGGAAGCCAUCGAAGGCAUUAUUAGAGAUGUCAGGUGCACGUUAUGUGUGGGAAUUUUUAAUGGUGUACCGAGAGUGGAAAGGAAAUACUUGCCGAUGAGUUAGAGUCGAUUGUUUUUGAUGAUAAAUAUUUCUCUAAGGUGUUUGGGAGGGGGCGAAGCAGGUCAGGGCGGAGAUGUAUUGCAAUGAUAGUGCAACAUUGUGAUAAGUGUACUCGAUACCUGAGCUCAUUAACUUCGAAGUGUCUCUUAAGCGAGAGCUAUUAUUCCAUUGCGAUUAUCUUCGACUAUUCCGGAAAGGUGGAAGAGGGAUUAACGAUUAAAAACCGAAGGAACAAUCUUAGGAACACGUGCAAGGGAGAGUAAGGUUAGGGAAAAAAAUGAUAAUACGCAGCUGAUUAUAUAUUUUGUACAAUUAUUAUCGUCCCGGACUCUGACUAAGUGUUGAAUAUGCGUAGACAUACGUACUGUACGUACAUAUAUGUAUAUUAUAUAGUUAUGUACAAAGUGAAGGGGUGCGAUCACUGUUAAGGAGGAUUGCACUCGAUGUAACACAUUGUAUCGGAAAGGGUCAUCGUGUAGAUUUGUAACAGGCUUCGAGGGCUCCGUGUUUGUUUUUUUUCCCCCGUUUAAAGGAUAAGAUGAUUGUUGCAGUUUUAUUAUUAACGCUAGGAGAAUUAAUGUUAACCCGAGUGCGAUCGGUACCCAUUCGAUGCGUUGUAUUUAAAUUGGAUGCGGUGACACAUUUGCUACGCUGCAUAUUGUGUGCCCAGCGAUGAGCUCCAAUUCCAUCCUGCAUUUUUGUUUCCUCUGUUUCUUUUCCUCUAAAAGGAACUAUUCUAUUUCAUUUUUUUUCUUUUACUCUGUUCUAUUGUUAUGUUAAAUAUUAUUCCACUUGGAGGGGAUCGGAGCUCUUCUCUGUGAGAGUUAAAUAAGUUAGCGGAACAGAAGUACUUUGUAAAUUUGUUAUCGUAGGCUAUGCAACUGGCUUACUUUGCGGUGUGACACUCUCUCAGAGGUGACUCAGACUUCUUCGUUUCCAUGUGGCCACCGAGGCAUUGUGAAGGCACUAUUGUUUGUCCCUUUAAGGCAUCGUUGGCAGUUUUCGAAGUAGUUCCUCCUCGCCGAUUAUUCGUAUCUCUGUGCCAAAAAGGAUUUGCCACUCUGCGUCGAUGCCUAUUCUAUCCAUCGAUGACUUAGAAUCUCUGCGGAGUCUCUGUGCAAGAGGUGCCAACUGAUUUGCAUAAAUAAUAAGCGUAAAAUCCAACAUCAAUUUUAAAUUGCCCACGAAGGAAAUGACAGACAAGUCUAAAUCUUUUAGAAAACUAACGAAUCGUCCAGUUUUUACGCAUUAACAUGAAAUACGUAUCUUUUUAAAAUACCCUUUUCUUUUUUUUAACGCAAAAGUGCAAUUCCCACCUUUUAUGCAAAUUCGUCGGCACUUCUAUUAUGAGAUAAGAAUUUGUUUGGGCAGAUUUGGAGAUGUUAAAGGAUCCAAAAAGCGGGGAAAGGAAGAAGAAAGAAAGGGGAAACGAAGAUUACGAGGGACCGUGUAUAAUCAGUCGUGCUUUUCCAUGUCCUCGCGAUAACGAUUAGAUGUACUUAAUUAAUAUUGAUUUCCCUGCAUCGAGGAAAGGCGGAACGGCCAGUGGAAUUAUUGGGGAAAAGAGGUAGAGGAUGGGGAUAUAACGAGGGAAUGAAUUAUCGAGGCUCGGAAGAAAGGACCUCUGUAAUUUCCAAGGCGUAUAUUUUUGUAAACGAGCCGACGAAUUUUUCCUCCCCCUAGUUCGCGCCCGUCAUUGUAUAAUACACUGUUACAGAGUGGAAAUGUCAUAUUUUGAGUAUCACACUUGUACAUAUACAUAUAUUAUAUAUCUAUAAAUAUAUAUAUAUAUGUAUGCGAGCGUUUUCAUGUAUUACGGGGCGGCGCAGCUCUUGGCGGGGACGUUUUAUUCCUCGGAAGGAAAUGGGAGAAUAAACGUCGUUUCAUUCCUUAGGUGAAGGAUCUUCUUGAGUGUGGUUGUUACGGAGUACUUAGAUCGAAAGAGAAAAUCCUAGAUGAUGGGAUGGAAAAAUGGCAAAUAUACAUUUCGAGGGUAAAGAGUAACUUUCUUGCCGAUGUGUCAGACCGGCGAUGGGAAAUGUCGGAGACGGUGUUUCAGUUUUUUUUUUAGCGUUAAUUUUUAUAAAAGGCUCGGUUUGGA